AUGGCCAAGAAUUCAGCCCUAAAUCUUGCGAUCGACAUCGUCUCAGACGAAGUUCUCCGUGAAGUUUUCAAAUCAAUUUGCAAAGAUGUACCCGAAGCCAAGGUACAAGCAGAAAAGUAUUUGCUAGCGAAAAAUCCCCCAAAAGCCCCAGAGGUCCAGUCUGGCUCUCACAAUCAAGAUGAAUCAUCUUCAAAAACCAAGGUUAUUGCUCCUCGCUACGCGGUCUGUCAGAAUUGUGGGGAGGACUUCGCGACAAACGAGAACUCUAGUACCGCUUGUCAGUACCAUCCUGGCCUUGAAGACCCUUUGGGAAGACCUUAA